GGAGGUUCAGUUCUCAGAGCCGCAGCCUGCAGUCACACAUGCUUCUGCUCUGACAUCAGCGAUAAGACGCACAGCCUCUCCGGAUCUCAGCACAUCUCUCCUGCAGGCAAGGUGAUACCCGGGGACGCUUUGCAUCCAUCCGCCGGGCUAUUUUUAUUCAUUUUAAGACCCAGAAAACGCGUCUCUGUGGCGGUUUUUCCUCUCUUUGGAGUAAUGAGUCGCGAAGUUUGAGCCCCUGUUUUCCCAUCGCUCUCGGGGUCUUAUCUCCUGUUGGUGGAUUGUUGUUUUCCCCAGAAAGCAUGGUGCUGGACAAGGAGGAGAGUGUGUCUCUCGUGUCCCUCCAGUCCAGAGAGAAACCUCGAGGAUGUGCCGGCUGUAACGGCAGGAUCCGGGACCGCUUCAUGUUGCAGGCGCUGGACCGGUUCUGGCACGAGGACUGUCUGAAGUGCUCCUGCUGCGACUGCCGCCUGGGCCGCGUCGGAUCCACGCUCUACACCCGGGCCAACCUCAUCCUCUGCCGCAGGGACUACCUCAGGCUCUUCGGGGUGACGGGGAACUGUGCAGCCUGCAGUAAGCUGAUCCCUGCCUUUGAGAUGGUGAUGAGAGCCAGAGACAACGUCUACCAUUUAGACUGCUUCGCCUGUCAGCUCUGCCGCCAGAGAUUCUGCGUGGGAGACAAGUUUUUCCUCAAGAACAACAUGAUCCUGUGCCAGCUGGACUACGAAGGAGGCCAUCUUAACGGCAGCACGGAGAGGCAAUGAGAGAUCAGAACAGGAAGACUCUGAGCCAGUUGGACUCUAAAUCUCAGAGUCUUCAUCAGCUUCCUGUUUCAGACUGAAGCAUGUGUGGAAACAAAACUGAUGGGACAAGUUUCCCUUGAUUGAACUCUUUAGUAAAGAGCUGCUGGUGGAAACUCCCCUGAAAUCUUUCUGAUCUAACGGACCUGAGAUUCACAGAGGAAGUGAAAGUAGAAUCGGGAGGAUAUUUAAUGAUGAUUCUGCUUUUUUUUUUAAACAUUCAACAAAUAAUUUCUGUUCACCACACUGAAAUAAGACACGAAUGGAGGCAAGCCGCACAUAGCAUCAAGCAAGUCAUCCAUCACAGAGAAAAUGCUAAGUUGUCUUUUUUAGACUUCUCUCUGAUUGUGAGUCCAUGAACUGUCCUCUGUGGUGAACCUCGCCCAUCUGGCACGAAGGAAGCCGCAAAACAAAUGAAAACAUAUUCCCAAAUACUGUAAGAAAUACAGUUCAACAUCGGAGGAGGAUCCACUGCUUCUUCUUCAUAAAUCUGAAGAAUGGACAGAGAUGAGUGCUGCUUCAGAUCUCAAGGGUUGCCUUCUUUACUCAUUAAACUGAAUUUUGAUUUCAGUCGUGUGCUCAUUAUUUAUGCCCUGCGAUCACUCAAAAAUAAUUGUGAGUACGCUCCAGACACCAACGAGAAAGUAAUUUAAAGACAUUUUUACAAAAGCUCUAAAUACUUUCAAUAAUAAUUUGACGGUAAUUAAUAAUCAAUUUAAUUCUAAAGUGUUACAGAAACUAUUACAAUUCAAUGAUUGAAUGUUACUAAGACGACUUGAUCAGGUUGCCCUUGUUGAACAUGUAUUUUACUUGAGUCUUUUCAUGCCAAUUUUACUUCUACUAACCCAAAAAUAUAACAAUAUAAUAUAUACUAUUUUAAGUAUUGUUUUAAGGGGCAUUUGUUUGCUUUGAGUACACACAGUCAUAACAUAACAGUGUAGUUUUACAUGAUGUUUUGCAAUUGCUAAAUUGUUUUAACUAGGCUAUGUACAUAGUAUGUAUAAAACAAUUAAUUUGG